CUCUAGAUUGCCCGUCUGUAAGAUGGCGGAGGCAGCCGGUGUUUACGCCGUGGUGAGGAACAUCCCGCAGCAGCUCCGCGCCGCUGAUCUCCGCCAGUACUUCUCACAGUUCACCGAGAGCGGCGGCUUCAGCUGCUUCCACUACCGGCAUCGGCCCGAGCGGCAGCGGCACCAGCACCAGGGCUCAGGGCGAGGAGGGCCGGACGGUGCCCUGACCUGCUGUUGCGUGGUGAGGCUGUCGGCCGAGUGGGCCCCCCAGUUCCUGCGGAUGUAUGACGGCGGCCAGUGGGUCGACAGGGCCGGGGACUCGCUGCGGGGACGCUGCCGCAUCCACACCGUCAGGGUCGGGGAGGUGACAGAAUCGGACAUUUCAUACAAAACAAGAAAGGAGCUUCGGAGUCGGAGAGCCCUGAGUGAAACUUUCACAGCUGAAGAUCUGUCCAGAUUGGCAGAAUUAAACCCUCCGGCAGUAAUGCCCAAUGGGAAUGUGGGAACUCCGCUGAGGGUUUUCCUGGAAUUGAUCCAAGCUUGUCGUCUGCCUCCCCGUAUCAUCACCAAGCUCUGUUUGAAGUUCCCCAAGACAAGCUCUAAUAGGCGUUAUGGGAAUGUUCCUUUCCUGUACCAGAAUUCAACCUCAGUGCUGGCUGAAGGAAGGGCUGAGACAGAAGCAGCAGCAGAGGACCAACAACAAGAUUCAGCUGCUCACUUCCUGGAGUUGCAAGAGGCAGUGCCUGAGAAAUCUCCACAGGGAAGUGAAGAGGAAGAGGAGUCCCAUUCUGAGGAUGAUGACGAUGAGUGUGAGGAAUGGGAGAGAUAUGAAGCAUUGUAUGACGAUGUUACAACCCAGGAUCGGACAAAGGAGCGACUGUUUGAGGAAGAAAUUGAGCUAAAGUGGGAGAAAGGAGGCUCUGGCCUCGUGUUUUAUACAGAUGCACAGUUUUGGCAAGAGAAAACAGAUUUUGAUGAGGAGACAGCAGAUGACUGGGAUGUCGAUAUGAGUGUAUACUACAACAAAGGGCAACCAGGAAGGCAAGAUGGAGGUGAUAAAGAUUCCCAGGAUUAUGUGCAGAUGAGGCUGGAACAACGGCUGAGGGAGGGUCUUGAGAGUGCGUCUGCACAGUCCCCUCGUAUUGGAGGCUUCGAGCGAUACACCAAGGGAAUUGGCAGGAAGGUGAUGGAACGGCAGGGAUGGAGGGACGGUCAAGGCCUUGGCUGUAGCAAUUCUGGGUUGGCUGAUGCUCUGGACAAUGACGGGCAGCAUCCGAAGUGUAAGCGAGGAUUCGGGUAUCAUGGAGAAAGAAUUCAGAAUUUUCAGCCAGUGAAGAAACCAUAUCGACAGACCAGUCACCUGAUUUCAACUGUGUAUGACGAACCUGAGGAGAUAGACCAAGGUGACACCUUGCUUCGGAGACAGCCAGUGACCAGCAUGAAGUACAGAGAGGACCUAAAGUUUGUUAAAGCCAAAGAGCCUGGAAACUACGCACAGUAACUCAGCUGGCUUUUUACACCUACAAGUGGAGUCUAGUUUUGUGAAUAAUGAUACUAGAUUCUGUUUUUUUUUAACAGUUUGAUGUAGCAAGGAGCUACUAAUCACUGCCUCGCUCCACCAGAUAUCCAGCUUCAGUCCUGAGCUCAGAUGCUCUGUGUGGAGAUUUGCACAUCGUUCCUGUGACCUUGUGGGUUUCCUCUCACAUCCAAAGAUAUGCAGGUUAGCAGGUCAAAGUAAAUUACCCCUAAUGUGGGUAAGUGUAGGAUCUGGGGAGGGGGGUGCAGUUAAAGAGAAUGUGGGGAGAAUAAAGACUAGUAUUAAUGAUGGAUUUGAGUAAAAUGGACAGUUGAUGGUUAACGUGGAUGUGAAGGACCUGUUUUCAUGCAGUAUCUGUCAAGAUCAGGAAGUAUGGUUAGCAAAAAGAAAAUCAAAGGAAAUAAAGGUCUUUGUUUCAAGGUACCCUGUUUCCUAUUUGAGGGUUGAGUACAACACCAGAAUAGGGACAUUUGAGAACAACUCUAGUGUUUAUUCAUUUCCAUAGAUGCUGCUUGAGUUCCUGAGAUCCUCCGGCAUUUUGUGUGUUGCUGUGGAUUUCCAGCAUCUGCAGAAUCUCCUGUGUUUCUGUAGUUCAGGCUAAGCCUUUAUCUCCGUUGCUCAUGCGACUGCACACUCUUUAAUGCAUCCCUUUGCAUAAUAAGGAGUGUCAGAACUCCCGGGCCCUCACCCCAAUCCAGCUUUAUUAUUGACAGAAUUUCCAUGUCCUCAGCCUCUCUGUGAGAGUACACAUCUUUCACAAUGCUCUCCAAGAACGCCUCCUCAACCUCCCUUACAUUUUUUGGAGGAGCCUGCAGAUCAUUUCUUAUAUCGUCUACAAAUUCCUUUUUCUCUUUUGUUUUGCCUUGCAUUUGUGAAUUGUAUUCUACCUGAAUGACUUACCUCACAGAGAACCUGAGUAAUUUCCCCUGAGUUUUCCCUCAAGGGCAAAAGUAGCAAAACUGUGUGAACUUCUGUUUUAUUUUAGAGAGACUGUGUGGAAUAGGCCCUCCGAGCCGCACAGCUCAGCAAACACUGAAUUAACCCUUGAAGUGUGGGAAGAAACCGGAAGACCGGGGGGGGGGGGGGGG